AUGCUUGCAAAAUUUACACAGUAAUAGAGAUGCAGAAUUCAAGAUCAUAAUUCUUCGCCAGUUCUAAGCCUUGCUUUAUUCCGUCAGCAUUUUUUAACCUCUGAUGAGGAUUUUUGGUUGAAAUUUUGGAGCUUUGAUUCAAAUAGUCCUACACAAGAGUUCCAAACAGAUCAAAAGAUUGGGAAAAUUCAAUUUUCUAUUCUUGGAAAGCAUUUCUUUACAGGAAGUGAGCAAGGGAAAAUUAUUCAUUGAUCUUUAGAGCCAAUUAAAAUUAUUAGAGAAUAUGAAGGACAUGAUAGAUGCACAGCAUUGGGCGUAUGCAAUGAUAAAAACAGCCAAAUAAUUGCAAGUGGAGGGAAUGAUGGAUAUGUAAAGAUUUGGGAUAUGAGAAGGAAAAUAGCAGUUCAAUCGGUAAAGGCGCACAGAGAGGGAGUUAAUGCGAUUUCAUUUCACCUGUCAGAAAUGAGCACUGGCGGGAAAGAUGGAACUCUGAAACUGUGGGAUUUAAGAAAAUCAGAGCAAUGUGAGAUAUGCACGUCCAAUGAUCACGUACUUGCCCUUUUGAUAUGUACAUUUCACCGAAGUGUAUAUUUGAUCGAAAACCAGUUUGAAAAUUUUUGAUAGUUAGACAUUUGGCCAAAAUCCUAUCUGCAUGAUCAUUUGGCAUGGAGCCAUGUGAGACAGUAUCAAAGCAUGAACAAAUUAAUGAUAUUGCAAUAGACUCAUCAAGAAUUAUCACAGUUUGCAAUAAAACACUGCUCAGAGCAUACAAUAAAGAAACAUUUGAAAGCCAAUAUGUUGUAUCAGCAGAAAACGCAGAGAAAUUGCUAAUAUAUCCGAAAUUUUCUCGAUUAUUCGUGAUUUCCCCGACAUCCAUAAAAGUGUUUAAUACAUCCAAUGGAGUUCUUCUCCAAGACGAAGAAAUUCCUGAGAGCUUGCCUCUAGCAAGCUUUGUUGAUAACAGCUCUUUGUGUUUCGGAGUCAAAACUUUUUCAGGAUUCUCAAUUUACAGUGGACAAUUCAGUUCAGAAGAAGACAAAAAUAGGCCAUAUGCAUGAGAAAGCUUGGUAUAUUACUAAUCAGGCUAAUCUUGAGCACACCAAAGUUGUAAGAAUGAAGCUUGAGUCACGAGCUUUAUCGGAAAGAAGCUUCAUUUCUUUAGGACAAGUCAGCUGCUCAGAGGUUGAUUUAAAUAAUAACAACCCUCUAUCUAAACUAAAGGCUAGAAAAGGGAAAAUAGAAGAUGUAAUGAAAAUAUAGUUCACAAAAGGCCACUCACAAUUCCUUACAAUCAUGAAAAAAAGGCAGAUUUCUUUAAGCCAGCUAAUUGAUGUAUGAGAGCAGUCUGGAUUUGGCCCUGCUUUAGCGCUACUUCAAAGAUCAGAGCUAGCAAUCCAAGCCAAUUUUUUUUCCAAACUGUUUACCACAAAGCCAAGACCGACUUUUAUAAAUAUUCAAAAUGCUGAAGCAAUUUUAGAAGUAAUUCUAAAGCUCGCCCAGUGUAGCAAUAAUAUGAUAGCAGAAUGUGGCUCGAAAUCUGCUGGGAUCGUUUUAAUGGAAAUCGGGCAAAUUAUGAGCCAAAAUGCGACAUCGAAGUUGCAGAUUGAUUCUGAGUCAAAAGAAUCUUCACAUCGUAUUAUAACAUUAUUUCAAAAAAUAAUUCUGGCCCUUCACCAGCAUAAAAGGGGGUUUCCUGAGCUCGAUGAUAUGGAAUUUUUCAUAGAAAAAAUUCAAAGUAAAUAA